AUGUCACACGUCCAAGCCGGGAAAAGACAGAAAACUAGGGAUGCGAGGACGGAAAACGUUGACUACUUUCAAGGCAUAGAGAGAAUAGAGUACAACAACAUGGCCACUGCAACGGACACAGCUUACUACCGCCAUUACAACAGCGGAGAGAAAAUACUGUCUAAAGAUAUGGAAGAAUGGCUUAAAUAUAGUGUGUCUUUCACGGAAUUUAAAUAUGACGGUUCAGAUGCUCAAGGAAGACCUACUUUUAACCGACAAUGGGAUGAUCACACAAACACCGUAGAUAAUUGCAAACGCUGUAUCAGAGCUUUCUACGACUUCUGUACAAAGCUGGGAGUGAAGUAUUGGACCGCGUUUGAUAGUGAUCUAGUGCCACAAACAGACAACUGGGAUGAAAACAAAAGUAAUUGGGAUGAAAUCACCGAUUAUAUAACGGAAUUAGUGCAAAAAACACAGAUCAAAUUAUUGUGGAUGGCGCCCGACUUGCACUCCCAUCCGAGAUACGCGUCAGGGGCUUUCACGAGUAACGAAGCUAUAACAUUCGUGCAAGCAGCCAGUCAGAUCAAGAAAUGUUUGGAAGUAUCUCAGCGUCUGAACGCCGAAUGUUUCCUCCUCUGGCCGUACAGGGAAGGAUACGAUGCGGUGUUCCAAACAGACGUCGCAAGAGAGAUCAAAUUGUUCGCGAAACUUCUAAAGAUAACAGCGGAAUACAGGGACAGGUUGAAUUAUAAAUGUCAGCUGCUGCUCAUGCCGUACCAGAGCUUUGGCAGGAACUGUAGGACUAUAGAUAUGUGGCGACCGAGAUGCGACUUUGAUAGCGACACACUGAAUAGGUACAUGUGGGACGUCACCAGCUGUUUGUACUUCCUCAAGUUCCAUAGUUUAGAUCGCUAUUAUAAAGUCUGCACUCAUCCAGGACAACAUAUGUAUUUAGCUGGAGUUUACAACGUGUUUGGAGGAGUGACAAUGACUAAUACAUUUGAUCCCUCGGACAUUAAGACUAUGACGCUCAUGUUGAAAUGUAUUAUUGAUCAAGGCUCCGCCCCCCCGGGUGGUAUCUCCCUGCGAGUGUCGUGUCCCCGGGGCGGGAGUGUCCGUGACCAGUUGUCGAUGUACAUUAACUAUAUCGACGAAUGCGCAAGAGGACUCAGGGUCGCGGCCGCUGUGGUCGCUGAACAGGUGUUCGUGAAGCAUGUACAGCAACGUUACUCCUCAUACUACAGCGGUUUCGGAGCUCGACUAGUGAGUGGAGACGUGUCUAUGGAAGAGUGUGAAGAGUUAUACAAGAAAAAUCAAACGCAAGCCGAAAUACAAAGCGGGAAAAGAGGAAACUACGAAUUGGUCUUCCAACGAUAUUUAGACGCUUGCGACCACGUGUGA